AUGGCAUCCUCCAGGAUUUUCGUGAAAGGCUUGCCGUCCACUAUUACAGAGAAAGAAUUCAGAAAUCAUUUUGGUGCGAAUGGCCGCCAAGUCACCGAUGUGAAAAUCAUCCCGAAUCGACGCUUUGGCUAUGUGGGCUACAAGACCCCAGAGGAAGCCGCCAGCGCGGUGAAAUAUUUCAAUCGCACGUUUAUUCGCAUGAGCAAGCUUGCAGUCGAGAUUGCGAAACCGAUAGGCGAUGCAUCUCUGAAAAGGUCUACUCGAGCGGACGAACCAUCUGCUGCCAUCCCGGGUACAAGCAAACCUGCAAAGAUUGAGCUUCCGGCCGAGCAAGAUGGAGACAAAAGCUCAAAGAAGAGGAAGCGGGAGGUGGACGAGUCGGACCCCAUGCUCCGGGAGUUCCUCCAAGUUAUGCAACCGAGCAGCAGGAGGGCUGGAAUAGAUGCCGAACUUGCCCUAGAUGCAGACGUGCAGGCACAGGCACCCAUCGAGGCUGCGGAAAGCGAUGAUGAAUAUGAGGAAAUACCCUCAAAACGUCAAUCCUCUAAACCUCAACCUGCGGAGGCUCCCCAAUUAAAUCCGACUCCAUCUCAAGUCCCGGGAGCCGCCAAGCAACCGGACGAAGACGUUGUCAUGGAAGAAGAGCCGAGUAGGUCGCCGGAAGGACCCACAGAACCUGUUAAGCCAACGUCAACCAUCACCAAGGGUGCUACUGACGAUGAGUGGCUCCGGUCUCGUACCAACCGGUUGCUUGAUCUUCUCGAUGACGACGAACCUCUACCGCCUCCACAGCCAGCUCAACAAGCAGAAGAGCGGCCUGAGGAGACGCAUUCUAAGAUGCAAGAUGGCCAAGAGCCUGGAGAUUUGGCACCUGCUGUUGUGGAGGAGAGUCGCGAUGAGAAUGAGAGCGCGGCAGAUCAAGGCUCUGGACAAGAAUCGAAAGAUGUCAACCCGGACUUGGAAACAAUUCGGAAAACCUCAAGACUCUUCGUGCGAAACUUGCCUUAUUCAGCAAGCGAAGACGAUCUCCGGGCCCACUUUGACCAAUAUGGCCAUGUCGAAGAGGUGCACUUGCCGGCUGAUGCGUCAGGUCGAAGCAAGGGCUAUGCACUCGUGCUGUACGCUGAUGCGAGUUCUGCUAUUGAUGCAUUCCAAGCCUCGGAUGGCAUCCCUUUCCAGGGACGAAUACUUCACGUUGUAGCUGCUGCAGCGAAACGUGACAAUGGCCUUGACGAGUUUGCAAUUUCCAAAUUGCCUCUUAAGAAGCAAAAUUUAAUCCGGAAACGGGCUGAAGCUGCCUCGAACACCUUCAACUGGAAUUCGCUUUAUAUGAGCCAAGACGCCGUCAAUGCGUCGAUUGCAGAUCGACUAGGCGUCUCCAAGGCUGAACUGCUUGAUCCUACAUCUGCCGAUGCUGGUGUGAAACAGGCGAUUGCUGAAACAACCGUCAUCCAGGAGACAAAAGCUUAUUUUGCAUCCCACGGCGUGGACCUGAACGCCUUUAAAUCAAACAAACGUGGUGACACUGCCAUAUUGGUUAAGAAUUUCCCCUUCGGGACUAGCAUCGAAGAACUAAGAAACAUGUUCGAAGAACACGGGACUGUACUGCAGGUGCUGAUGCCACCCAGUGGCACCAUAGCCAUCAUUCAGUUCGCCCAACCGAGCCAUGCAAAGGCAGCCUUCGCAAAGCUGGCAUAUAGGCGUAUCAGGGACUCCAUUCUCUUCUUAGAGAAGGCCCCACGCGAUAUCUUUGUGGAGGCGCCCGCUGCCCCUGUUGCCGAAGGACCCCUGCCGACGAAGGAGAAGGUGGGUGGAGUUCAGAAAUUGUCCGUGGCAGAGCUCUUAGAACGUGACGAGGGACGGGAGAUUGAUACACCGACCACCUCCCUGUACGUUCGUAAUCUGAACUUCUCCACAACCACAGAGGAGCUGGCCAUCGCUUUCAGUUCCCUCGACGGCUUUGUUUCAGCCAGGGUCAAGACGAAAACGGACGCAAAGAAACCCGGUCAGGUACUGAGCAUGGGCUUUGGCUUCGUCGAAUUCCGUUCAAAGGCCCAGGCUAUGGCUGCCAUCAAAGCCAUGGACGGAUUUGUUCUAGCGGGCCAUACCCUGGCUGUCAAAGCUUCGCACAGAGGUCUAGACGCCGCCGAAGAACGAAGGCGUGAGGACGCUGCCAAGAAGGCGGCAAACCAGAGGACAAAGGUCGUCAUCAAGAACUUGCCUUUCGAGGCUACGAAGAAGGAUGUCCGAGCACUAUUCGGCACUUAUGGAGAGCUCAGGGCAGUCCGAGUGCCGAAGAAGUUCAAUCACCAAUCACGAGGCUUUGCUUUCGCAGAGUUUGUUACACCGAGGGAGGCGGAGAACGCUGUUACAGCGCUCAGGGAUACACAUUUACUGGGACGGAAGCUUGUAAUAGACUUUGCGGAGGCCGAAACAAUAGAUCCAGAGGAAGAGAUUGCCAAAAUGCAGAGGAAGGUGGGGGGGCAGGUAAACAAGGUGGCCUUGCAACAGUUGACAAACAGAGGAAGGACAAAGGUGAACAUUGGGGGUGCAGAAGACGACCUGGACCUGGGAAUGUGA